AGACAUCACUUUUAGGAUCACGUUAAGGACAACCUCAAAUACCUGGUUUCAUAAAUCAAAAUGACUUAAAUUAUAUUCUGUGAAUUUCGUCCAAUAAUUAUAUUGUUUAGCCUUUACAUUUAUGUUAUUUCAUUAAUGCUCAUAAAUUAAAACGUUUCGGGUUUAAUAGCAGGUUCAUCGCUUCAUCGUGUGACAAUUAAUAUUGCUAAUUUGUGUGGACAAGAGAAGUGUUCAACUGCCCAAAAGCCCUUGUAUUACUUUUCUUGAAAGUUUGGGUUGUAAGGGGUUGUUAAAAAAAGUUAUUUAUAUAGCCUAAAAACUAUACGAAUUUAACACAUUGUUCUACCGUUCUCGGGAUUUAUUAUUUAUUUAUUUUUAGAAUUUAUUUUAAAUGCACGCAAGAUAAAUUAUGAAGGUUAGCGAAUCUGCGACCCUUGUUCUACCUUCUGCAUAAUCGCCUUGGAAACGAGUUGUUUAUUAUGUUAGCCUUGAGCUAACCUUUCCGUGCGCUUCAUCUAGCUGCCUUUCUAUGUCUGUCGGUAGACCGCUUUGACACGUUAAGCAAACGCAUUAUUAUUUUCUUUAAUUUUAUCACCACAGAAAUGUCAAAUUGUUGUUUUAGUUGCUAGCUCGCUAGCUAGGUUUGGAAAAAAAUAGGUCUCUAGUCAAAAAUCUCUAACUUACCUUGCCUUUUUCUCUCUAUAACGUUAACGUUACUUCAAUAAGUUCAAGAUGAAAGUAUUAUUAAUUGGACCUAGCGAGUGUGGGAAAACAGCAUUGGCCAAUUUCCUAUCUGACACAACAGAGACAAUCGGAGCGGACUACAGCCCUACACAAGGAGUAAGGAUACUUGAGUUUGAAUCGCACAAUUUAUCUAAUGGCAACAAAAAUUCAGCAUGUGAAGUGGAACUAUGGGAUUGUGCGGGAGAUUUCAAAUUUGAAUCAUGCUGGCCAGCUUUGAUGAAAGACUCCAAUGGAGUAGUUAUUGUGUUUAACCCAGAUGUGCCCAGUCAUCUCAAGGAAAUAGAGACCUGGUACUCUACAUUCAUCUUCUCUCAGGGUCUACAAGAGGCCCAGUGUCUGCUCAUUGCACAUCAUAAACCAGGGAGCGGGGCUGACACUAACCGUCCACCAUUAGCCCCACAGUUAAACAAGUUGCCGCUCAUUCACUCAAACCUCGAGGAAGAGCCUGAAGAUGUCCGAGAGGAGUUCCACAAAUACUUGGGAAAUGUUAUGCGGGUGCUAUCAGAAAAACAGGAGCGAGAAGAGAUGUCAAUUAUUACAUAAUUUUGUAUAUAAACCAAGAUAAAUGUAUAAUCUCACAGAAUAUAUCCACAUGCAUUUUUCUUUGAAAUUUUGUUUUCCCCCCACAACUGCAUUAAAAUCACUUUGACCUGGUAAAA